CCGUCUUGCUCCUGGGUGUAGGACUUAAGUGGGCUGAUGGAGGGCCUCUCGCGGUCGCUAUGGUAACACUACAAACAAAGCUGCUCAGCUGGCACGUUCGGUCUCUCAGUGAGGGGGCCACUCAGUCAGCAUGGGCCCGCCGCUACCACCCGCUGGGGCGCCCCUCGUGCCCCGUCAGCCGCGUGAGGGCUUGGCUGGAUGAGGCCGCGGCAAGGCAGUGCUUGUGUGGCUAUCCCAUUGCCAAGUUGUCACCGCACGAGAGCUUGGAAAUAUAUCAUUAGUGAUCAACUUACGUCCAUACAAGAGAUGAUCAGAUGUUCCGCGUGCUGUUGUCCACGUGUCACGCAGAUUAUUUGUUCAUAAUCACAAGUCUUAUGGUUAAAUGAUGUUCCUAAACUGUGGCUACCUUUUUUUGUAAUGUUUCAUAUUGAAAGGUCAUUGACAUCCCCAGUUACUCAUGACAAAGAAAGAAAAGAAAAUACAGUGAAAUGUGAAAUUACUUGUUAAAUGGUGAUCCAUCCUUGUAAAGUUCGUAAUGUGGUGAUGACUCCCGGUGGCCACUCGCCUCUGUGACACGAGGCUGUCCACACCAGCAUGCAUCGGCGGGUGCAGCAGGUAGCGGCCGAGGAGCGCCACACUAGCACACCUUCUGAUCUGCUGUCGGAGCUCCACGUUUACACUUUACCGCAAGACAAAUGGAUCCCCUUCAGGAGGCUCGCCAGGAACACGGUGGUAGAAGAGACCGUGUCGGCGGGAUUCGUCAGAGUACCACAUGACCUGACCUUGGCCGACCUAAGGCAUGAACUCCGCGGUCAGCUGAUAGAUGAGGACCUGCCGGAGCAUUUCGUGUUCAUCAAAUGCGUCGGCAGGAACUUCACGCAGGUGAAGCCACACCAGGAGUAUGUGGUGAAAGUUAAGAACUUCCUCCCACCGAGAGCUGAAGAGCCAGAGAUUCACAUCCUUGAAAUUAGUGAGGAACUGCUGAGAUAUGCCCCAAGCCUCUCCAAUAUUCUGGCCUCAGACAAUGAGUUCUCGGAUUCUCAGACCCACGCCGCCGCUUCCCAGCCCUCCUCUAGACUGCAGCAUUACGAACUCUUCAGGAAACUCGACAAGACCGUAAAUGAAGAUGGAGAAAAUGAAGCCGAUGGAAAUGUUGAAGGAGGCUACGCUCGGGGCCAAAGGGGGAAGGGGUGGGGAAAUGGGAGAAGAGGGGCGGACCAGGAUAGGUGGGGGGACGCGAGAGAGGAUGCAGAGACGCUAUGGAAUGAGAACAACGAGGUACUUCUUCGCGUGGACAGGAGAGGGGACGGGCAAAGCGACGGAGGAACCACUGACGGGAAGGACGGCACAGCUGACGGGGAGAACGAGACGGAGAGUGACAGAGGAGAGGUGAUAGUGAUUGACGGGACGGAAGUGCUGAUCAUAGACAGAGGCACGGGUGAGGGGAGGCGAGAACGAAAGAACCUGGCGAGAAUAGCAGAAGGAAGAAGAGCAAGUGAGGAAAGGAGUGGACUGAUUCGUGAGCAAGGGAAUGGUGUGACUAGUGACGAUGAUGGCCAGGUCUCAGGUAGCAGAAGGAAAACGGGUCACAAGAGAAAAGGGAGGACUCUGGCAAACGGUAGGGAGCCCCAGAGCAGUGACAGUUACGAGCACAGCGAUGGCAACACUGACGGCAGCAGGCAAGUCAGGAGCAAAGGAAGAAGUAAAACGAAGGAGGAAGAGGCGAGGAGUAAUGUAAUAGAAGAUGGAAGAUAUAAUAUAAAGAAUAGAAACGAUGAAGCUGUUCACGGAGGAAGUCAAGAUGAUGGGCAAGGAAGAAAUGACAGUGAGAGUAAUGUACACGAAGGAGAAGAAACGAAGACUGAUGCCAUCGCCACAGGGAAUGAUAUAACAGGAACAGAGAGGAAGGGAGGAGGAAAGAAGCUCCCAUCAAAACACAAUGACGCUCCAGCUUCAUCAGACAAAGGCACGAGAAACACAAACGAAAAAAGACAAAAACGAAACACAUCACAGGGAGACAAGGAACCCCGCACCCGUGAUAAGCAUACAGAAAACGUAAACUCGAAUGGAGAGGAUGAAAGUCAAAACAGUCAAUUGAGGGAGGAUGGAUAUCACUUCGAGGAGAGAGAAGGAACAGAAGUGAGCGAAGGAGCUGAAACACAUUCUAAUACACAACACAGACAAAAUCCAACCCAGAAACGACACAAAGGCACCAAGAAUAGCAAAGGGGCAGCUGAAGAUGAUGAUGAUAACGCAGGCAGUAAGGGACAUGAACCAGGUGCAAACAAACACAGGAAUGAGAAGAGCAGUGGACGGUCUGACGAUGACGAAUAUGAUGCUGACAGUUACUCGAAUCCUGACGGAGAGAGUGAUGGAGACGCCAGUGAGCAAAGUUACCAAGGGAGCGCCGAGUCGGACCAAGAACGCCUACAGGAGGAUGGAAGCAAGUCACGGGAAGGAAGAGAUGCUAGAAAUACUGCAAAGGACAGAAAAGAGAAUGGCCAAGAAGGAAGACAUCGAAAAGGAUUAGGAAAACGCAAUGAAACGGGAAAAGGAAGCAGAAAGAAAGAAGGAAAAAGAGAAGCAGAAACACAAAGAGACGGAACAAAAAGAGGAACACAAAGGGAAGAAGUGGAAGACCAUGAAGGAAAGAGAAGAGGAAGAAAGAAGGAAACAUUAAAACCAGAAGGCAAUGAAGGAACCGGUGAAGGAGGAAACAAUAAGUAUGACCCAGAAAGUAAUACAGAGCAAGGAAGAGGAGGAGAAGAAGCAGAUGAAAAUGGCACAAGAAAAAACAUGCGAGGCGGCCAUGAAGAGGAGAAUGAAGGAAGAAAAAAAACUGGAGAAGCAGGUAGAGGAGGAUAUGAAAACGAUCUUGAAACAGAUGAGGGAGGAAGAAGAGGAGGAGGACCAGAAAGAGAACGAGAACAAGGAGAAGGAGAUGAAGAAGAAGGAAGUGAUCUUCAAGGACAAUCUCAAGGAAAAAUUGAGGAAGGAAAUGGAAAUAGAAAAGGAAAGGACGGAAAAGAUGGAACAGAGAAGGAGUGGUAG